AUGUUUUUGGAACGAAGGAAGCAGCUGGCGCUAGCUCUACUGGCCAUUUUUGCCUUUCAGUGCUCCGAAGCACUCUUCAAGAAAUUGAUUACCAUUGAAGAGGAUCCGAGUCCGGAUGAGAGUGAUGAACAUUACAGAGUGAAGUUCCCCACAAUUAAACUUCUGAAACCUUUCAAUUUAUUUGAAAAGAAAAAGGAAAAGCUUGAACAGAAAAUAGAGAAAAAGGAGGACGUGCUAGGUGAACUGAUUGAAAAGAAAUUACUGGAAUGGGAGGCGAAAAAGGAGAAAUUCGACGAUAAACUACUCGAAGUCUUUGACCUUUUCAAAGAGAAGGAGGCGGCAAAGUUGGAGAAGAAAGAUGAUAAAUUGGAAAAACUAAAGGAAUUAAUUGAGGAUAAGAAAUUGCCAAAGCCUGCACCAGCUUAUGAGCCGAAAGCACCCACAUAUGCACUACCACCAGCACCCCACUAUCAGCCUACACCAGCACCAGCACCGCAUUAUCAGCCAAAACAUGCACCGCCAGCACCAACUCCCGCACCUUAUGCACCAGCACCUUAUCCAGCUUAUCACCCCCCUGCACCAGCUCCUGCGCCAGCUUACCGACCACCAGCUCCUUCCCCUUACUAUGCACCUGUAACCCCUGCGUUUAAAAAGCACAAGUCCUAUAGGCCAUAUUCGCCAGCUCCGACGCCUGCUCCACCAUCACCGCGUAGAUAUUGUGAGGAAGAGGAUUCCAGCGAAGAGCAUUCAUAUGGCUACAAGCCAAUGAGACCUGUUAAACCGCCAACGUCGGCGCAUUGCCCCGAUUACGAUUACGAAGUGCGUUACUUCACUUAA